AUGGCCACUGCCACCGAGAAGAUCUCCGCUCUCCAAUCCGCCGUCGCCGGAUUGAACGAAAUCAGUGAGAACGAGAAGAGCGGAUUCAUCAACCUCGUCAGUCGCUAUCUCAGUGGCGAAGCGCAGCAUGUGGAGUGGAGCAAGAUCCAGACGCCUACGGACGAAGUGGUUGUGCCUUACGACUCUUUGGUGCCAACUCCUGAGGAUCCUUCGGAGGUGAAGAAUCUAUUGGACAAGCUCGUGGUGCUGAAGCUAAAUGGAGGCUUGGGAACAACUAUGGGCUGCACUGGUCCUAAAUCUGUCAUUGAAGUUCGUGAUGGGUUGACAUUUCUAGAUUUAAUUGUCAUCCAAAUUGAGAAUCUCAAUUCCAAAUACGGAAGCAAUGUUCCUUUGCUUUUGAUGAAUUCAUUCAACACUCAUGAUGACACUCAAAAGAUUAUUGAAAAAUACCAAAAUUCAAAUAUCGAGAUUCAUACUUUUAACCAGAGCCAGUAUCCUCGAUUGGUUGUUGAGGACUUUGUGCCAUUGCCUUCCAAAGGGCGCACUGACAAGGACGGAUGGUACCCUCCUGGCCAUGGUGAUGUCUUCCCAUCAUUAUCGAACAGUGGCAAACUUGAUGCACUGUUGUCCCAGGGUAAAGAGUAUGUGUUUGUUGCCAAUUCGGAUAACUUGGGAGCUAUAGUUGACUUGAAAAUCUUACAUCAUUUGAUCCAGAACAAGAAUGAAUACUGUAUGGAGGUGACUCCCAAAACAUUGGCUGAUGUCAAGGGUGGCACUUUGAUUUCUUACGAAGGAAGAGUUCAGGCAUCUCCUGGAAAUCGCCCAAGUCCCAGAUGA